AUGUCCGAACGUCAGGUUUCUUACCGUUACGGCCGCAUAGAGGACAAUAAGGCCAUUUCCGAAUUAGGAGCGCUUGUGUUCCUAUCAUCUUUCGGCUCAUCAUUGCCUCACGACGACCUGAAAACCUAUCUCUCCGAAGCAUAUUCACCGAUGAGUAUCGCCACCGACUUAAGAGACCCUUCUGUCACUUUCGUGGUAGCCAUAAGGGAUGAAACUCUCGUUGGUUUCCUCCAGCUCAGACGUGGCACGUCAGAGAGAUGCAUUGAUGAGAGGACAAACAAGAUCCAACUACAGCGGCUAUAUGUCAGUGAAAGUUGCCAAGGGCUAGGGAUUGGAAAGCGUCUGCUAGCUGAAGCAGAAAGGGAGGCGAGGGCUAUGGGAGCUACGUCUAUCUGGCUAGCAUCAUGGAAGCCAAAUAUCAAAGCUGAACGCAUAUAUGAGAGCAACGGAUAUGCAAAGGCUGGAGAAAUGUCAUUCAUGUUGGGUGAUUCUAAGCUGGUAGACUGGGUUAUGAUCAAGUCGCUCUAA